GCCGCCUGUGCCAGCGCCCACGCACACACGUGCACGCCGCGUCUUAUCAGUCGACAACAUAACACCAUUAACGUGCCGGGUACCCUCGAAUCAUAAUCGUUAAUGCAGGCUCAGUUAAAAGGCUGUGUCACUGAUACAAGGAUUGAACAGGAGACAACCGUCGGCACAUGCCCAGUGUUCGCUAGCAAUUAUUUCAAGAUAGGGCAACUAACCGAGCUACGAUGGCAACCGGCUGGUCAAAAAACUCAAGAGGGCAACAACAUCGCAAUACACGUCAUUCCACCAGAUGGCGAAGAAGACGACGAGUUCGUGCCGCCGCUGCGCGCGCGCACGCGGAGGAAGAUGAGCACCCCGCUCAGCGCGCUGCCGGGCGCCGCCGACCGGCUGAUCGGCAUGCCUAAUGUUCAACGCAGUACGCCAUCUCGAUCGCUCUCGCCGCUGGACCGCACAAAGCGUCGGUUCAGCACCAUGGUCUCAUCAGCGGCGGCCGCGGCGGUGUCGCGCCGGCUGUCCGCGACCAUCGGCUGGUGUCUCGCGACACCCACGCAUGUCAAGCCUCAGAUAGUGCGGCAGGGCCGCGCACUCUGUCUGCAGUAUAUUAAGACGCAGAUUAGAAGGUCUUCUAUGUGUGCUAAUAAGCAAAUCGUAGUGAAGCGCUUGCAACGAAUGCUUGAAACUGAAUGCGGCGAGGAGGCAAAUUGCAACGCGGAGACCGGCGUGCUGGCAGGCCUGCGGGCUCUGUGCGCCGCUCUGGAGCGCAAGAGGCCUGAUGCCUUCCGUCAUGUAGCGCGGCAGGCCACGCGAGCCCCAUGUGCUAUGCUCCGCUCUGACACUGCUUUAGCGGAGCUGGCUUUGGCACUUGCACGCCGGAUCACGAGGGAUAACAUCACAUGGUCGAAGAUAGCAGCAGUAUUCUGUAUUUGCGGGGCACUAUCCCGCGAGGCAGCUGAAGCGGCAGACGGGGAGCCAGCUUUAGAAUUAGUUGCAGCGCCGGCCGCAGCCGUCGCUGACCUUCUACACGAAGACACUGGAUCCUGGAUAGCUGCUAAUGGUGGAUGGAACGGAUUGGUGGAGCGACUGCGAGCCAGCGAACGAGACCAACGGUCCGAGAAGAUGUUACGGGUCAUGGUGUCCUUCUUUGCCAUGGUGUUUGUGAUCCUACUGCUGCUGAGAUGGGUGCUGCAUGGACACCCGGCAUACUAAGAUUAAACAAAAAAAUUGGUGCGUGGAGUGCGAAAGAAGUGAAACUUCGUAAUGAGAAGAAGUAUAUUUUCAGUAUUCGAGUUGGCAACACUGAGCGUUAAACGAUGAACGCUGUCAGUUGGGAGUCCUAUUUGAAAUUUUCACUUAAAAAUAGUUUUCUACCUUUCAAAAUCAAAUCAACAAUAUUGCCAUAUUAGCUAGACUAAUGCCCUCAUUGCCUAAAUUUAAUUAGGCUAUACCGAGAUGAGUAAAAUAGCGUUUAAUCAGAGAAAUGAAUAAAUUAUGUCGAGUUACGGAAUAUAAUAAAUAAUAAUCCUUUAGCAUCUAAGCAGGUAUUUCUCAGAGCGCACAAUAGUAGUUUAAUGGAUGAGCUAAUUAGUAUUAUUAAAUAAACAUAAUUUAUUUUUGUUAAAAAUUAAAAAUGAUCUUCUUGAAAA